UGUUUAAAGGAACGGAACAAAUAAUAUUGAAGUCAGCGAAAAGGCGGAAGCUAGCCGUUGCUAAACAAUAGUUAUAUAGUUGUUUACCUUUACUCGUCGAUAAUGGCUGACGAAGAAGAUGAUUAUAUGUCUGACGCAUUUCUCAGUCAAAUACCAGAUGUUAAGCCUGGUCUCCCGAUGGUGAAGCGGGUGAAAGAGGCCCUGAGAAAGGAGGUGCUUCACAAGGAGAAGAACAUAAAGAACCGACAGAAGACCAUUAAAGAGCUGGAGCAGGAGAGCAGAGAGGCAGCACAGCACAGCACCAUCAGCCAAGAGAACAAAGGCUUUGCUCUGCUACAGAAAAUGGGCUACAAGGCUGGACAGGGCCUGGGGAAACAAGGAGCAGGAAGAGUCGAACCUAUUCCUCUAAAUAUCAAAACGGACAGAGGGGGCAUCGGGAUGGAGGGCGUGAAAAAGAGGAAAGCUCAAGAGCAACUGGAACAUUACUGCCAGAAGGUCCGAGCUAAACAGCAACACGAGAAACAGUCCCUGGAGGACUUCAGAGUGAGAAUAAGGACAGAGAGAGAGGAGCUGAAGAUUGAAGGAGACUUGAGGAGGAGUCAGAAAGCCUGUGAACAACUGGACAGUCAAAAGGGUGUCACAGUGCCCAGGGAAAACUGGUACUGGCCUAAACUGGUUGUUGAGGAGGAGAAAGAAGAGGAGGAGAAGCAGGAGGAGGAGAAGGAAGAAGAAGAGGAGGUGGAGGAGGAUGAGUUGACUACACUGGACAAGCUGCAGAUUCUAACAUCAUAUUUACGAGACAUCCAUUUUUACUGCAUAUGGUGUGGGACUGCAUACAAUGAUAAGGAGGACUUGUGUUCUAACUGCCCUGGAGAAACAGCUGCAGAUCACGAUGACUGAACUUCAUCACAGCCAAACUAUCUACAAAGGAGUUUAGUUUGUAUGUUAUUUCCUAUUUGUAUUAUUUAUCUUGUUGACUAGUAUUAUGUUUUUUGUAAUAAAAAAUGAAAAACA